AUGGUUUACUUCCAGCUCAAACGGGCGUUUGGUCGUUUUGGCUUUUCAGGGCCUUCUCCCAACGGAACAAAUCUCACUUCUACUGAGACAGCAACGCGCACUCAGCACGACACAACUCCGUCUGAGCCGCACAUCCUGAAAAGCUCGUCGCUUACUGUUGCCUAUGAACUCCGACAGAUGAAUGGUCCGAACAGUGAUUCAUCAUCUACGGCACCACUGAGCAAUCAAGCUCACUGCUACAGCAGUCCGCGGUCUCAUUUUUCUACUGCCAGCGCUUCUACGCCAUAUCAUACUACCUUUUCCCAACAGGCACGUAUGCCUGCAGAGCAGCUGCGGAAGAAGGCAUCACCCAAUCUACGAAGGAUGAUGCUGUUGAAUGGCUAUCCACUAGGCUAUCUCAUUCUCUGGACUCCUGGAGUGAUUAAUCGCUUCAUCGAAAUUAAAGGCAUGUCGUCACCACCAUGGCUCAUUGCUUUACUGGCUUCUACACAAUACAUCGGGCUAGUACAUGCAAUCACUUAUGGCUAUAAUGAGCAGCUUAGACGGUCUAUGCGAUCUUGGAAGGCCUUCAGGCAGAGAGCGGAAAGGAUUGAGGAUUAA